AUGGAGAAUCUAGGUUGGUUUCCUACCAAUGGAAAAAAAGCAAUGGAAGAAGAGCUUAUUAGAGGACGUGACAUGGCAAAUCAAUUACUAGAAGUACUUACCUUUGAUGAUAAGUCUAAUAUUAUUAGACAAAUCAAAGGGUCAAACUCAAAUUCAUCCAAAGUGUCACCUAAAGAUGUUGCUCAAGAUCUUGUUCGAGAGGUACUUAAAUCAUUCACAAAUACACUUUUGUUAUUGCAUAACAGAGAAGACUCUAGAGGUUUUUCUUUCUCAACCAAUUGCCACAAGAUGGAGGAGGAUCUGGAUGAAGCUUACAAACAACUCAAAACUCUCAACAGAAAAAGUCCAAAAGAAACGAAAAAGAGAAAGUUAUCUGCACCAACAUGGGAAAAAACCACCUCAAUAUUGAUUGAUGAUGGUCAUACAUGGAGAAAAUAUGGACAAAAAAAGAUAACAAAUUCCAAAUUCGUCAGGAGCUACUUUAGGUGUACGCACAGCGAUCAACGUUGUAAAGCAAUGAAACAUGUUCAAAGAACUCAAGAGAAUCCUCCAUUGUAUAAGACUACAUGUUAUGGCCAUCACACUUGCAAAAACUAUUUUCAAUCAAACAUAAUUUCUGAACCCGUUUCGUCAUCAGACUCUUCUAUAAUACUUAACUUUGAUAACCACAUUUCAAGUGAACAAGAAGAUAUGUUAUGGCCGUCACCACCAUUGCGACCGCUAUCGCCACUUCUGGUCUCUUCAGAAUGGAAUCCUUUGGAAGUAAUGCAUGAUGAUCAUUUUCCUCAAAAUCAAUUGUUUCUUUCGGAGAAUCUCCAGUUAUGGGAAUCUGAUGUCUAUUUAGAUCAUUUGAGAGACGUCAACAUGUUACCACCAUUAAUAGGCUCUCAGGGUUAG